AUUUCACGUCACUCUUGACUCCGUCCCCUUCAUUCCAGUGGUGUCAACUCAAGCAAGGGAUGGGGAAGAAGGACAAGAAGACUGCCGUGGCGGCGGCGAACGCUGUCGUUUUGGACCAGCCGCUCUCAUUGCCUAUUCUGGAAACGAUCAAGUUUAGCCAGCAGCAAAACGGGCUCCGUUUCGGCGAUUACACGCGGUAUCGUCAGCAUUGCGCGCGUCGCUUGCGCCGUCUUCGAAAGGGCCUCAAGUUUGUGCACGGAAAGGGAAAGCAGUUCGUCCCAAAGGAAGUGACGCCCGACAUCGCGUCGGAGGUCCGCCACUUGAUGUUGCCUUUGUACCAUUCCGAACGUGCAUGGAGUUAUGCAAUGCAAUUGCGCGAGGAUGAACGCAACGACAAGGACGAGCAUGGUGACGAAGCGAGCAGCCGCAUCAAGUUCCAUUUGCUCGGCCGAUUGAAGAAGGCGGUGGCGUGGAGCGACAAGCUGACCGCACUAUGUGCUGAGCGCGCCGAUGUGCGCACGAAUCUCGAAGCGGAAGCGUAUGCGUCGUACAUGAGCGGCAACCUCGCGUUGUACAAGGAAGAGUGGAAAGUCGCGCUGGAGAAAUUUAGCACGGCGCAGCGCAUCUACUCGGAGUUGGCCAAAGUCGGGACGGUCGUGCAACAGGACUUGUUGCAUCAAAUCCUCGAUGAAAUCAGUCCAUUCAUGCGGUACUGCGAGUACAACUUGGGUGGGUCGUCGUCGCUGUCGCUGCAAGAGCUGCGAGAAAGCACGACGAGUGCGCUUCUCCAGUCCAAGAUCGACCAAGUGUUUCACGAAGAAGCCAAGACCAAGGCCAAGGACAUGGCGGCCAUCACGUGGCGAGGCCGCGCGAUUCCGAUCCCCAACUCCGAUGUGUCGGUCGCACUGGUUCGGCCGGAAGAGCAUUUGGCCAAGUUGAAAAAAGGCACGGACAACGACAAGAAGCGCGAUGCCAUCUACGUCGAUUUGUUUGGCUGCUACGACAUGAUCUUGCGCCUCCUCGCGGCGGAAAAGAUCAAGACCGACACGAUGAAGAGUGGAUUCAUGGCCGAUGCCCACCGCGAGAAUGUGACCGCGUUGGACGAGUAUGUUCGGUACAUCAAGCAAACUCACGUUAUCGACCGCAAUGUGGUGCUGUUCACCCAGCUCAAGUCUCGACUGGGUGGCGGCGGCGUUGGCCCGGGCGAUUUGAUUCACAUUCUCGACAUGCUGAUCCGAAACGUGGACGACAUGGCGGCGAUCCCUGGCACGACCGACCACGGCCCAUUCAAAGCGUACCAGGCGCUGCAGUGCACGUUCCACGCGUUUCGAUGCAAUUACGUCGCGCAGGUGUACGUGGGCCAGAACAAGUUUCCCGAAAGCGCCGCGCUGUACGAUCAAGCCAAGACGUACUUGAUGCAAGCCAUGUCGCUUGAAAGUGACGACGCCACGGUGCGCCAGUUCAUCUCGGAACUCGAGCCUCAAGUAAUGGGCGCCCAUUCGCGCGUGAACGCGCUGGGGUUUCUGCAUGACGCGAACACGACGGAAGCUGUCCGAGUGUGCCUUGGCCAGCUCCAGGUCACGCCAGCGGCCGGGGCAACAACCACGAGAAGCUUGUUGGAGCGGCAAAACGAAUACUCGAGCGGCAACCCCGCGACCCACUACGAUCUUGUGACGCUGCCGCCACAGCCCCACCCGAUCCCGGUGAAGCCCCUCUUGUUUGACAUUGCUUUGACGGAGAUGGAAGUGCCGGAUGUCCAUGCUCGCGUCGAAAACAAGUCGUCCACCGGCGUCGGAGGUUUCCUCGGCUGGCUGCGUGGAUCAUCCGCCUGAUUGUAGAACGAGUCCAAACUCGAGGUGUAAUUUUGCAAGCGCAUUACAUUGCAUCGUCGUUUGUGUCGCUA